AUCUGUAAUGAGAUCUGGUGCCCUCUUCUGUGUACAUAAUAAAUAAAUAAAUCUUAAAAAAGAAAGGCAUUGAUACGCUCAGUCUGCCCAUUCCCCUAGUCACUGUCAGGAGCGCCACCUCCAGCUCCAUCUGGCCUCAGCUCAGCUCCUCCACAUGGACCACUUCAGGGGCCUCCUGAAUGCCUCCCAGGCCAGUAGUAGGUCCUGUGUGAUUUCACCUCUGCCUCUUCCUCCUGAUUCACCUCAUACCAAUCUGUCUCCACCCAAAGGCCUUUGUACUGUGAUUGCCUGGGGUGCCCUUCCUUCCUCCUCCCCCCACCUUCCUCUUGUCCUCCUCACCUUAUUCCUUCCUGCAGCGGAAGUUCAACUUCACUCCCUCACAGAGGCCUGCCCUUAUUCACCACCCUUCCCCGCAAGAGGAUCACAUGUUCAUUACACAUUUCCAAAGCACCGUGUCCGUUUUCUUCCCAUCACUCAGCUGUCUAACCAUCUGAUUGUUAAGAGCCUGUCUGCAGAUGCUCUGUGGCAACCUCUGAGAACGUGUUAGACUCCCCAUCCUUGCCGAGGUGUCUGGCGCAGCCGACGUGAGCCAUGUGGAACUUCAUCAGGGACAGUGUGAAGGAGCAGCUGCAUCAGAUGUGGACGAAAGCCUGAUGCAGACGGACACACCCCUACAGGCACGCUCCCUUCCCAGCACCUCGGUGACCCAUGAGGCAUCUUCGGGGGGGGGGAUCAGCUCAGCUUUCAGCAAGGAUUUGUGUACAGGCGUGGCCCUGUGGAAGCCCUGGUUGUGCUCGGUGAGGCACCACAACUGCCUCCCCUUGCCUUCAUCGUGAUGAACCCAGUGUGGACCAGACUUUUUCCACAGGCAACUUGACUUUGGGAGGAGGGACAGCUGUUCCCUUCUGGUAAUUGUGUUGUGACCCAUAAACUCCACGGGAUUUUGCCCGCUCCAGGGAACUCCUCGGUCUGCUGUGCACACCCAAGAAGCACACAGGAGGAGGCUGAAAGAAGACCAGGGCUGGGUGGCUGCAUAGAAAUGGGCGGUGGUCCUCUUUGGCCUCGGCGGCAGAAGCAAGAUGACGAGAGGAACGUCAUCCUUUGGAAAGCGUCGCACGAAGACGCACACGCUUUGCCGCCGCUGCGGCUCUAAGGCCUACCACCUUCAGAAGUCGGCCUGUGGCAAGUGUGGCUACCCGGCCAAGUGCAAGAGAAAGUGUACCUGGAGUGCCAAGGCUAAGAGACGACACACCACCGGGACUGGGUGGAUGGGGCACCUGAAAAUUGUCUAUCGAAGAUUCAGACGUGGAUUCCGUGAAGGGACAACAGCGAAACCCAAGAGGGCCGCUGGUGCAGCAUCCGGUUCAUCUUGAGGAAUUUCAGCCAGUCAUAAAAUAAAUGUUCUGGUUUCGAAAAGAAAAG